GGCCUGUGGGAGGCAGAAUAGUGACCUUCCAGAGAUGUCGACGUCCUGAGCCUCAGACCCUCCCAAGGAGACCCAUUUUGGACUUGUGACCUCUGGAAUGAGAACCUGGUGCCUGCCCCAGCCCUAGCCCUGGGGAAAUGAAAGUCAGGCUGGGGUUCAAAUGAGGGCAGUUUCCCUUCCUGCGGGCGGCUGAUGGAACAACCCCAUGACUAGAAGGACCCAGCCUCUGAGCGGCCACACACCGUGUGUCUCUCUGUCCUGCCGGCACUGAGGACUCAUCCAUCUGCACAGCUGGGGCCACUGGGAGGAGACGCCAUGACCCCCACCCUCAUGGUCCUGUUCUGCUUAGGGCUGAGUCUGGGCCCCAGGACCUGUGUGCAGGCAGGGCCCCUCCCCAAACCCACCGUCUGGGCUGAGCCUGGCUCUGUGAUCAGCUGGGGGAGCCCCGUGACCAUCUGGUGUCAGGGAACCCUGGACGCUCAGGAGUACCGUCUGGAUAAAGAAGGAAGCUCAGCACCCUGGGACAUACAGAACCCACUGGAGCCCAGGAACAAGGCCAAGUUCUCCAUUCCAUCCAUGACACAGCACUAUGCAGGGAGAUACCGCUGUUACUAUCACAGCCAUCCAGACUGGUCAGAGGACAGCGACCCCCUGGACCUGGUGAUGACAGGAGCCUACAGCAAACCCAUCCUCUCAGUCCUGCCGAGUCCUCUUGUGACCUCAGGAGAGAGCGUGACCCUGCUGUGUCAGUCACGGAGCCCGAUGGACACUUUCCUUCUGUUUAAGGAGGGGGCAGCCCAUCCCCUGCCGCGUCUGAGAUCAGAGCAUGGAGCUCAGCUGCACCGGGCUGAAUUCCCCAUGGGUCCUGUGACCUCAGUGCAUGGGGGGACCUACAGGUGCAUCAGCUCACGCAGCUUCUCCCACUACCUGCUGUCACGCCCCAGUGACCCCGUGGAGCUCACAGUCUUAGGAUCCUUGGAGAGUCCCAGCCCCUCACCCACAAGGUCCAUCUCAGCAGCUGCAGGCCCUGAGGACCAGCCCCUCAUGCCUACAGGGUCAGACCCCCAGAGUGGUCUGAGAAGGCACUGGGAGGUACUGAUCGGGGUCUUGGUGGUCUCCAUCCUGCUUCUCUCCCUCCUCUUCUUUCUCCUCCUCCAACACUGGCGUCAGGGCAAACACAGGACAUCAGCCCAGAGACAGGCUGAUUUCCAACGUCCUCCAGGGGCUGCAGAGCCAGAGCCCAAGGAUGGGGGUCUACAGAGGAGGUCUAGCCCAGCUGCUGACGUCCAGGGAGAAAACCCCACAGAUGCUGCCAUGAAGGACACACAGCCUGAGGACGGGGUGGAGCUGGACAGUCGGCAGAGCCCACAUGAUGAAGACCCCCAGACAGUGACACAUGCCCGGGUGAAACACUCCAGACCUAGGAGAGAAAUGGCCUCCCCUCCCUCCCCACUGUCCGAGGAAUUCCUGGACACAAAGGACACACAGGCGGAAGAGGCCAGGCAGAUGGACACUCAGGCUGCUACAUCUGAAGCCCCCCAGGAUGUGACCUAUGCCCAGCUGCAGAGCUUGACCCUCAGACGGGAGGCAACUGAGCCUCCUCCACCCCAGAAACGGGAACCUUCAGUUGAGCCCAGUGUCUACGCCACUCUGGCAUCCACUAAUCCAGGGAGGACCCAGACCCCACAAACCACGGAGACUCAAGACCCCAGAAGGCAUGGAAGUUGCCCCCAGUGGACAUCAUUGAACCCCAGCCAGCCCAGACCCCUAACACAGACCACUAGAAGAUUCUGGGAACUUUGGGCUUCACCUGAUUCUGCAAAGAUAAAUAGUAUCCCUGCAUUAUCAAAAUAAAGUAGCAGACUUCUCAGUUC